AUGUUACAUUUGAUUCUUGAUCAAUCAUUUCAAUCAAAGGUUAUUACCAGUCAACUAGCAUUACUUACUGAUGUUAAUGAAGAUUUGACAUCUAUAAUAUCAAAAAUUAUUGUACCGUAUAAAAACAUUUUGCUUUUUGAUUGUAAUAGCAACAAUUAUAAACUGACUUAUGGUAAUAAUUCGGUAGGAUAUUAUUAUAAUUCUCAUAAAGAUUCAUUUAUUGAAAUUGUUGCGAACUUUAAUGUCACAAAAUAUACUUUUGUUAUUAUUACUACAGAUGUAAAUGAAAUAGAAAACUAUGACAUUUUAUCAUCUAUGAAUGAGUAUGUAAAUAGCACUGAGUUUUGUUUAGAAGAGUAUACCGUUCACUACCUAAAUACAUCUUAUAUGACUGCUAUUGCAAAAAAGUUAGGUCCGUAUGUUAGAAAUAUUUUUGUAACUUUUAAUUCUUUAGAUGGCUUUCUAAGUUUUUUUCAGAUAUGCACAAAAAACAAUGUAACAUUUGGUAGGGUGAUUGGGAAUACCAUAUUUGAAAAUUUUUUUGGAGAUAUAUUAACAUAUUUUUGGAGUCAUUCAAAAAUGGAUACAGAAUUCUAUUUUUAUCCUCAAACUUUGAACUCCUUAGUAAAUAUUGCGUCAUACGACGUUAUCAAUUUGAUAAGAUUAGUUUACACGGGAACAGAAUACAUUUCAUUUUCGGAUAAGGAAUCAAAAAUUAUAAUAAUAAAAGAUUCAAAAUCUGAAUGGUUUCAAAACAAUAUAAGGGAAACAGAUUUCAUUGGCUUUGCAAAUGUUAGCAAUCUUUUUCAAAAUGAAACCUACGAAAGUGAAAAACUUAUGGCAUUCACAUCGUAUAAUUAUACAACGUUGAUAGAAAUACUGUUACAUUUGAUUCUUGAUCAAUCAUUUCAAUCAAAGUUUAUUACCAGUCAACUGGCAUUACUCACUGAUGUUAAUGAAGAAUUAACAUCUAUAAUGUCAAACAUUAUUGUACCUUUUAAUAACGUUUUGCUUUUCGAUUGCAAUAGCAAUAAUUAUAAAAUGACUUACGAUGUAAAUGAAACAGAAAAGUAUGACAUUUUAUCAUCAAUGAAACAAUAUGUAAACAAUACCGAGUUUUGUUUUAUCGAAUAUACUGUUCACUAUACAAAUAUAUCUUAUAUGACUGCUAUUGCAAAAAACUUAGGUCCGUAUGUUAAAAACAUUUUUAAGCAACAACUAACCAAAUGUAAUACGAUAUGCCCACCUGCUUUUGAACAAAAACUUUUACUUGUGACAACCAAUGAGGAAAAAAUACAGAGCCGUAUUUGCACCAGCUGUCAAGAAAAUUUCUUUAAAGUAAGUUACGGAACACACAAAUGUGAAAAAUGUCCUUUAGGUUAUACUUCAAAUAAAAACAGAACAGCAUGCAUAUUAACAUUUGGUGUGGAUUUAACUUUUCAGUGCAUUGAAGGCAUCAUAAUUACUCUCAUAGCUGCUUUUUCUACCAUGAUCGGUUUAAUUAUAGCUGUAACAUUUAUAUUGAAUAGAAAUACACCUGUUUUAAUUGAUCGAGCUGGUUAA